UGAGGAAAGUUUCCAGGACGUGAGCUGGACAAUAAGGUGCCACCACAGUGAGCCAAGCUGGCGUCUGGCACACAGGUUCUUCUUUCAACCAAGUUCACUUUUAUCUCUGAAGGUUUUGUCCUUUUUUAACAGAGUCAGGUGAAGUUUCUCAAAGUCUAAAGGGUUCAAACGUGUCAUCACCUCAGGUGAUUUGUCCACCUGGGUCUCACAAGGUUUCUGCUGUCAGUCAGGACGAAAGCGGUGCGUUUGAUUUACAGCUUCUGUCAGACAGCGUUAGGGUGGUGUGAGAGGACACCUGUGCAAUAUUCUGUUCUUUGCCGCUAAAUGUUUUCUAAAUAUUAAACAGGUUUGUAUGAACAGCUGUUUUCCAGCAUCAUGUUCUUCUUUCAUCAUCACUCGCCCACUAACGUCCUGUGGAUGUUUGUUCACUUUUGUACAUCGCUUAGCAAUUUGUUGUUUACAGAAAACGAUCUUCACGUUUUCAGCAGGUGAGAAAUUCUUUGUGUUUUAGCAAGAAACAAAGCCUCAGAUUUGAAAUUCUGGUCCAGAUCACAAAGAAAACCGGUUUUUCCUCAUCUGCUGAUGAAGGUCACAAGAUGUGACUGAAAGCUCCAGCAACACUGUGUAAGUGAACCUUAAUAAAGAAAGGUUGACGUUUCUAUUACAAAGGUCAAGAACGAGCUGAAAAUAGUUUUUAAAUGAUGGUUUUUGGUCUGAUAAACUAUGUGGACACAGCUUUUGACCGGCUCCCGACAAACUGUCCAAAUAACUUUGGACAUAUGAUCUUAGAUGUUUUAGUCCGAUUACUGAUCGUCAUUUUAAAUCUGGUGGCAACAUGUUCCACCAGAUUUAGUGAGUUUCACUAAAAAGGUGAGAGCAGACGGAGACACGUGGACUCCACAGUUCUUCCUGUACCCCCCUAGUCUCCAGCACCUUUGGACCAGGUGACAGAUUACAUCGAGGCGCGGCCACUUAAAUGUUGUGUGCGCGGCGCGGUUCUGACGGACACACGCUGUAAAACCGAUCUGACUUCAGACUUUUCCUCAGGAGAAAAGGAAUCUACACCCGUAGUGAAUCUCGGCGGACGAGCCAGACCCGAGUCUGUUAUCUAACGACGGAAACAGCUGCAGUUCGUCAGUCCGCCGGCAGGAGGCGCCGCGUCCGGAAACAAGCUGUUUUAUUUGAGCUGGAUUCAUCAGACCGACCUCCCUCCGAUUCGCUUCAUGAUUAAAUCCCCCGAUAUCACUGGUUUCUGUUAUUAAAUGAUCGGGUUGCUCCACAUCCUGGGACGUAGCGCUUGCGCACAACCGCCGGCCGCCCUGCCUCAUCUCUCCACCCUCUCCUCCGGCAUCCUCCCAUCCUGCGGACAGACAGGUGGCUCGGGUCCAGCUGAAGUUGCUGAGUCAGAAAGAAGCUCGUCUGAGUCCUGGUCUGGGUUUGGUUCUGACCGGCCUUGUGAUCUGAAGAGUUUCAAGAAACAAAAAGAGUCAUGCCAGUGUCACCCGCCCUGGUCGACCUCUCUCGUCUCUAUCAGACGGAGUUUGUCCGCAGUGCGCGGGCGGUCGGCGUUCUCUGGGCCGUUUGUACGCUCUGCUUCGCCAUCAUCCAGGUGGUCGUCCUGGUGCAGCCAUCCUGGAUCGGUACCACAGGGGCCUACCACAAGGGGGUUGGCCGGGCCCCACCCAGUGGCACCCUGGGACUGUUUGAGGUGUGCGUGGAGUCGGACUGGCCGGUCCCAGACUGUCGAGGGGGUCUGUCCAGUCUGUCCCCUCUGCCAUCCUUCCAGUCAGUGGCGGUGUUGGUGGGAGUGUCUCUGUGGGCCGUGUGGACCAGCGUCCUGUGUCUCUGUCUCUUCAGGUUCUGCAGCGCCACCACUGUCUACAAGAUCUGUGCCUGGCUGCAGCUCACUGCAGGUUUCUGUCUGGCGCUGGCUUGUCUUCUGUUUCCAGACUCGUGGGAGAGUCCAGAGAUGAGAGCUCUGUGUGGAGACUCAGUGGGCAGUUUCUCUCCAGGUAACUGUUCUGUCCACUGGGCCUACAUCCUGGCCAUUCUGGGCAUUUUGGAUGCCGCCAUCUUGGCCACACUGGCGUUUGUCCUUGCCAACAGACAGGAUGCCCUGCUGCCAUCAGACAACAAAGAGGUGACCACAGGUCUGCUGAUGUCAGCAUGAUGUCACCAGGCAAUAUGUGCAGAGCAGGGCGACGUUGGCUCCACGUAGUGCUCCUGUUACUGCACCUUCUUCUUCUGUUGCUUCCUUUUAUUUCUUCUG